CACCCAGUUCCAGCUGGACGUGGUCUCCCUGAAGGGGGUGCGGAAGGUGGAGGGCUCCACUCCCCUCCAGGUGGCCUACCGCCUCGACAAGGAGGCCAACUUCCAAAUUCCAACCAGGCUCAACUUCCCCGGAGGUUUCCCCGACGAGUACUCCUUCAUGGUGACCUUCCGCAUGAUCAAGAGCAGUGUCAACAAGGUGUGGAACGUGUGGCAGAUCGUGGACGAGGACGGCCACAAGCAGGCGGGCCUCAGGCUGAACGGCGAGCAGCAGGCCCUGGAGUACUUCCUGAUGGGCGCCGACGGGAACCUGCAGACGGUCACCUUCCCGGGCCUAUCGGUGCUCUUCAACACCAAGUGGCACAAGGUGAUGAUCGGCGUGGAGCGGGAGCAGGUCACGCUGUACGUGGACUGCAUGCCCGUGGACCGCAGGCCCAUCAAGGGGAAGGGCCCCAUCAACACCGAGGGGGACACCCUGAUCGGCCGCCUGGAGACGGACGCCGAGGCCUCUGUGGUGUUUGAGCUCCAGUGGAUGUUGAUUCACUGUGACCCAAAGAGGGCUCAGAGGGAGAGCUGCAGCGAGCUGCCCGCCACUGAGAUGUUUGCCAAUGCUGAGCCGGACAAGGGAUUCCAAGGACCCCCGGGCGCGCCGGGCCCCGAGGGCCCGCGGGGGCCCCAAGGGGAGAACGGCAGAGACGGGAGGGAUGGUCUCCCCGGGACAACUGGCAAUCCCGGAGCAACUGGCCCCAAGGGGGAGCAGGGGGAGAUCGGCCUGCCGGGACAGAGGGGCCUGGGCGGCCUCCCGGGACCUGCUGCGUCCCCUGGCCCAAUGGGUCCAAGAGGGCCUGUCGGAGAAAGAGGACUUCCUGGUUUUCCUGGCAUAGCAGGACCCCCUGGGCCGGCCACAGAAGGACCAGCUGGAACCCCCGGGAAACCUGGAAUUCCGGGAGACGAGGGGAACAUCGGACCGGAGGGCACCCCAGGUACCAGGGGGAGUAAUGGCAACCCGGGGGUUCCCGGCCUUCCAGGACCACCGGGGCCUAUGGGGCCUCCUGGUGUCGGCAGCCCCGAGGGGAGUGGGGAACCUUGUCCAGCUGCUUGCCCCGCAGGACCACAAGGACUGGCAGGUCUUCCAGGCAUGAAGGGACACAAAGGUAGCGAUGGGAACCCUGGGACACCCGGCACAGACGGAGCACAAGGAGCAGACGGACUUCCCGGGGCUGCAGGUCCUCAAGGACACAUGGGCGACGACGGACAAAGAGGGCCUAUUGGAUUGUCGGGAACAGCGGGCGAAAAAGGAGAUAGAGGUCCUCCUGGUUUUAAUGGCAACGUGGGUCCGACCGGGCCACCCGGAAAUCCCGGUGUGGAAGGUGUACGAGGACGUCAGGGUUUGGAGGGUCCUAAGGGGGAUGAGGGAGCGGUCGGGUCACCAGGCGAGCAGGGUAUCCAAGGAGACAAAGGAGGAACCGGGGAAGCCGGCAAAGAUGGCAUGGAUGGUAUCCCCGGUGUGGACGGGAGCAAGGGAGAGGCUGGCGUUGCAGGAAUCGUUGGUGUCAGGGGCAUUGUGGGAAUCCCGGGCCUUCCAGGGAAACAGGGAGGGGUUGGACCCACCGGUGAGAAGGGAGAUCUGGGUGCUGAGGGAGCUGUGGGGCCAGUCGGACUAUCUGGAAAGGCGGGCGAGCAAGGAGAGCCAGGAGAGGAUGGAGAACCAGGAGCCAAGGGGGCCACAGGGGAAUCCGGGAAGCAGGGACCGCUGGGGGCAGAAGGCCCACAGGGCGUCCAGGGGGACAAAGGGGACAAGGGGGACACUGGUGCAAUGGGGAUAAAGGGCCACACUGGACUCAAAGGAGAUCAGGGGCCAAUGGGUCCAUCCGGCCAGAAAGGAAGUGAGGGAGAUAAUGGUGCUUCUGGAGAUCCCGGAAUUAAGGGCGACCAGGGGCCUCCUGGUAUUUCUGGCGUCAGAGGAGAGCUCGGGGCAAAGGGCAACCGAGGAGCGACAGGGGCCGACGGCAGGCCGGGUCAGCCAGGACACGAGGGCCAGCACGGGCCCAUCGGGCCCCGAGGCUUGGAGGGAGAGAGCGGCAUCCCCGGGGCCCCAGGACCCAGGGGCCUACCUGGUCCUAAAGUGAACGACGACAAGCUAAGAGACCUUUGCUCAGUCAUUGUUGAAGAACAACUACUAGAAUUCAGGAAAGAGAUGAUGAAGAGACCAGCAGCACUGGGCUCACCUGGUACCCCUGGACUGGUUGGCCCCCCUGGCCCCAGCGGGCCCCCAGGAGCAAAUGGAGAGCAAGGUCUCAUGGGCCUCAAAGGGCCUCCGGGCUACUUUGGACUUCCUGGUAUUCCUGGAAAGAAAGGUGAAGCCGGGACCCAGGGUGGGAAGGGAGACGCGGGAGAGAACGGCGUUGGAGUCAAGGGAAGCUCUGGAGAGCCGGGCACACAAGGUCCAGCAGGGACUCCCGGUGUCGGGCUGGAUGGCAAGAACGGCGCCCGCGGGGAGACAGGGGCCUCCGGCACCCCAGGCUCACCGGGGCCCCGGGGGGCCACGGGCCCCACAGGACUUUGCGACCCCUCCACCUGCAUAGGCAGAUCGCCCCCACUCUACAUGCUCGCUGGAAGGAAGUCAUCCAGCUACAAAAACCAAUGAGACAGAAAAAAUAACAAUAUAUAUAUAUAUAUAAAUAAAAUACAAGAUGGUUCAAAAUGGUGAACCUCCACGCCACGUGGUCGUCCCCCCCCCCCCCCCUGUUCGGCAGGGGUCUGGGAGAAACAAUUUUUCUUUUCAGUUUUAAAUGCCUUCAUUCAAAUCGUGGAUCAAAAGAGACACAGGGAUUACAGAGACACAAUUAUAGAAUACACAAUGGACAUUUAAAAAUUGUACAACCUGAUUUUUAUCUGAAUACCACUGACAAAGGAAUCCUCACAUGCAUACACUCACACAUCCCUUUGUCCAUCUCUCGUUCCCUCUUGAUAAGCUGGGCCCAGUAGGAGGCAGCCUUACAUUGAUUGACCUCGCAAAAAUUGUGUCUGCGUCCCCCCUUUCUGCAUUUUCAGCAGAAAUAACAAGGCCUUUGAUGUAAAGCAGUUAAAAGGCACAACUGAAUGAUGUUUAUUUUACACCUGUUGUUUUAAAUUCCAUUAACACACCUCAACGUGUUUUCCUUUAAAGUGUACAUUCAGCAUUGAUACACAGCAAGAUAUCAUCUAUAUGUCCUUCUCAUUGCCUGAUGGACUACCACAUAUAUUAACAAAAGCAGCUGCAGACGUUGCAGUAGAACAAGCUUUGGAAUCGCAUCGUAAUUAACAAAGAAAUUAACCAGGCAUAAUGUUACAAUUAUAAAAUGAAGUCAUCCCCAGCCACUUGAGAUUAUAGGUUCUUUUUUUUUUUUUUAUAGGUCUUUCAAAUAAUGUAAUAAAAUGGGUUUUUGAUCUUAAUCUAUUACAACCACCAAGUCUCCAUGAUUGAAACAUGAACAGGCACCACCAUGAGGGUACGAUUGUUCAUGCGCUGUAAAAGAAUAGGUCAUUGGGUUUGUCUCAUCCCUACGUCGUCGGGCGCUGUAAUGUUCUUGAUGGGGAUGGAUCAGGGCUACAGGCUCCAGAUCCACUGUUGCCUGGUUACUUUGGAGAGCAUCAAAUUGUUUUUUUCCUCUGCACAGUCAAAAAUAAGAAACAAACAAGAAAGGCACAUCCAGAGAGCACACAUGACCUUUAGCCUCUGGCUAGACUUCAGUGUCCACUGAGCCGAGGAGUUUGUGUUUGAAAGGAUAGGGCUUGGAGCCCAAGACAUGUGCAUAGGUACAACAUCCAGUAAAUCGGGCACAGGGUCCAACAAUAGAUGGGAUCCCCAUAGGACUUUCAUUCAUCUUUUGGUUCACUACUGAUUGCAAAGCAAAGUAGCCAGGUUUUAGUUAUGGGCCAUUAUUUAAAUUACCUUGUGGUUGGACAAUUAAAAACCAUGCAAGUUCA